AUGAGGAUCAAAGGCAAUGCCAUAAAGAAUGUGGCCUUGUCGACAAUUCUGUGGUCACGUGCUGUUUAUGGCGUUUACAUCUCAGUUUUUAGCUUCAACACACUUCUGCAAUACUCCGAAAACUCUUCUGACGUCAUUUCCGGGAAUCCGUCCUCGGCAACUCUAGUUGUCCUGGUGACCUGGGCUUUCUACAUCACAGACACUCUCGCCAUCUUUGUAGUCGGUACAAUUUUCAACGUAAUGAACAUGUCUAUGCUAAUUCACCACCUGAUCAUUUUCUUUUGCUCAUCUCUCAUGCUGCUCCAUGACAAGGGACACUACUUCAUGGCGGUAUUUCUCGCUGUUGAGGUAAUCCUUCCGUUUCUUGCGAUCGCCUUCACUAUUCAGAAAUCCAAGGUUGCCUCCACUUCGUUUGGGCGUGUUUUUGAGUUCAUGUUCCUCCAUGGAAUGCAUAUGAGGCACGGGCUCGAGAUUCACCUUUGGUACAUGACGUUCAAGUACAGAGACAGAGUGAUCGCCGAGUGGCCCGUGGAUCUGCUGGUCUCUUGGAUUAUUCUGUUAGCGAUUAUGACAUUUUACCUCGGUCCCUUGUGGAUGUUUGGAUUUGGAAAACGCUUUUACUCUGACAUCAAGAGAGUAAACGCCAGGAAAACGGAUUAA